UUCUCAGUGGUAGAAAAGACACUGGCUGACACACCAUUACAGUUCACGUGGCAAAAAACUUCAGGAAACUACCUUGCAGUAACAGGCGCAGAGCAUAGUGUGAAAAUCUUUAAUCGCCAUGGGCAGAAAAGAAGUGAAAUUAACUUACCGGGAAAUUGUGUUGCUAUGGAUUGGGAUAAAGAUGGAGAUAUCCUCGCAGUGAUUGCUGAGAAAUCUAGUUUCAUUUAUCUAUGGGAUGCCAACACAAAUAAAACCAGCCAGCUAGACAGUGGUAUGAGGGAUCAAAUGUCUUUCCUUCUUUGGUCAAAAGUUGGAAGUUUCCUGGCUGUUGGCACUGUUAAAGGGAAUUUGCUUAUUUAUAAUCGUCAGACAUCUCGGAAGAUUCCGGUGCUUGGAAAGCAUACUAAGAAAAUCACAUGUGGGUGUUGGAAUGCAGAAAAUCUGCUUGCCUUAGGUGGUGAAGAUAAAAUGAUUACAGUUAGCAAUCAGGAAGGUGAUACAAUAAGACAGACAUCAGUGAGAUAUGAACCCAGCGACAUGCAGUUUUGCGUGAUAAGGACUGAUGACCGAAGCAUGUCUACUGAAAGUAUGAUAAGUGCGGUGCUUGGCAAGAAAACUUUGUUUCUUUUUAACCUGAAUGACCCAGAUAGCCCACAUGAUUUAGAAUUUCAGCAGCGCUAUGGCAGCAUCGUCUGCUAUUGUUGGUACGGUGAUGGCUAUAUCAUGAUUGGUUUCUCACGUGGAGCUUUGUUGGUUAUUUCCGUGCAUGCUCGAGAGGUUGGCCAAGAAGUAUUUCAGGCUAAUGAUCACAAAGAUAACCUCACCAGUAUUGCUGUGUCCCAGACCCUGAACAAAGCUGCGACUUGUGGAGAUAACUGCAUUAAAAUCCAUGACCUGACAGAAUUAAAAGAUAUGCAUGCUAUAAUCAGCCUGGAUGAUGAAAACAAAGGGCUGGGCACUUUAUCCUGGACGGAUGAUGGUCAGUUGCUCGCAUUAUCCACCCAAACGGGCUCGCUCCAUGUGUUCCUGACCAAACUUCCCAUCCUGGGGGACGCCUGCAGCACCAGGAUUGCCUAUCUCACCUCCCUCUUGGAAGUAACUGUAGCCAACCAUGUUGAAAGAGAGCUCCCAAUCACAGUCUCUGUUGACGUGGAACCCAAUUUUGUAGCGGUCGGUCUUUACCAUCUGGCUGUGGGGAUGAAUAAUCGGGCUUGGUUUUACGUCCUUGGAGAGAAUGCUGUGAAAAAAUUGAAAGAUAUGGAAUACUUGGGAACAGUCGCCAGCAUUUGCCUCCAUUCUGACUAUGCUGCUGCACUUUUUGAGGGUAAAGUCCAGUUACAUUUGAUAGAAAGUGAAAUCUUAGAUACUCAAGAAGAGCGUGAGACGCGACUUUUCCCAGCGGUGGAUGAUAAGUGUCGGAUUUUGUGUCUUGCCUUAACUAAUGAUUUCCUCAUCUACGGUACAGAUACUGGUGUCAUUCAGUAUUUCUACAUUGAAGAUUGGCAAUUUGUUAAUGACUAUAGACAUCCUGUCAGUGUGAAAAAGAUUUUUCCUGAUCCACAUGGGACCACAUUGGUUUUCAUUGAUGAGAAAUGCGAUGGCUUUGUCUAUUGUCCAGUUAAUGAUGCCACCUACGAAAUCCCAGAUUUUUCACCGACGAUUAAAGGUGUUCUUUGGGAAAACUGGCCAAUGGAUAAAGGUGUAUUUGCUGCUUAUGACGACGAUAAGGUGUACACGUAUGUCUUUCACAAGGAUACCAUCCAAGGAUCCAAGGUGAUUUUGGCAGGAGGCACCAAAGUUCCCUUCUCCCACAAGCCUUUGCUGCUCUAUAACGGAGAGUUGACCUGCCAGACACAGAGUGGAAAAAUCAACAACAUCUACCUGAGCACUCACAGCUUCCUCAACAGUUUAAAAGAUGGGGAGCCCAGUCAGCUGAAGCAAAUGCUGACGCAGACUUUGAUGUUGAAAAGGUUUUCCAAUGCGUGGGAAAUAUGCGAGAUUCUGAAUGACCAUGAUGCCUGGAAUGAGUUGGCCAGAGUUUGUCUGCAUCACAUGGAAGUGGAGUUUGCAAUCCGAGUGUACCGGACCAUUGGCAAUGUUGGCAUAGUGAUGUCCUUAGACCAAAUGAAGGGAAUAGAGGACCACAACCUUUUGGCAGGACAUCUUGCCAUGUUUACUAAUGAUUUCAACCUGGCUCAGGACCUGUACCUGGCGUCCAGCUGCCCUGUUGCUGCCCUGGAGAUGAGAAGGGAUUUACAACACUGGGACAGUGCUUUACAGUUAGCGAAGCGUUUGGCCCCUGACCAGAUACCACUUAUAUCAAAGGAAUAUGCCAUUCAGCUUGAAUUCACGGGUGAUUAUGUAAAUGCAUUGGCUCAUUAUGAGAAAGGAAUAACAGGUGAUAAUAAGGAACAUGAUGAAGUGUGUCUGGCCGGAGUGGCCCAGAUGUCCAUUAGAAUGGGGGACAUACGCCGAGGGGUGGCCCAGGCCCUCAAACAUCCCAGCAGGGUUCUUAAGAGAGACUGUGGAGCCAUUCUGGAGAAUAUGAAGCAAUUUUCAGAAGCAGCUCAACUGUAUGAAAAAGGCCUGUACUAUGACAAAGCAGCAUCUGUCUACAUCCGCUGUAAAAACUGGGUCAAAGUUGGUGAGCUUCUGCCUCACGUCUCUUCUCCUAAGAUUCACUUGCAGUAUGCCAAAGCUAAAGAAGCAGAUGGAAGAUACAAAGAAGCUGUUGUGGCGUAUGAGAACGCCAAACAGUGGAACAGCGUGAUCCGCAUCUAUCUGGACCACCUCAACAAUCCUGAGAAGGCCGUCAGCAUUGUCCGCGAGACCCACUCUCUGGACGGAGCCAAGAUGGUGGCCAGGUUUUUCCUCCAGUUAGGUGACUAUGGAUCUGCCAUCCAGUUUCUUGUCAUGUCCAAAUGCAAUAAUGAAGCGUUCACAUUGGCUCAGCAGCACAACAAAAUGGAAAUCUAUGCGGACAUAAUUGGCUCUGAAGACACUACUAAUGAGGAUUAUCAGAGCAUCGCCUUAUACUUUGAAGGAGAAAAAAGACAUUUUCAAGCUGGAAAAUUCUUCUUGCUCUGCGGCCAGUAUUCCCGAGCACUUAAACACUUCCUGAAAUGCCCAAACUCAGAAGAAAAUGUAGCAAUAGAAAUGGCAAUCGAAACUGUCAGUCAGGCCAAGGAUGAGCUGCUGACCAGUCAGCUGAUCGACCACCUGAUGGGGGAGAGCGAUGGCAUGCCAAAGGACGCCAAGUAUCUGUUCCGUUUGUACAUGGCGAUGAAGCAGUACCGAGAGGCCGCCCAGACUGCCAUUAUCAUUGCCAGAGAGGAGCAGACUUCAGGAAACUAUCGGAACGCCCAUGACGUUCUCUUUAGCAUGUAUGCAGAGCUGAAGUCCCAGAAAAUCAAGAUCCCCUCCGAGAUGGCCACGAACCUCAUGAUUCUGCACAGUUACGUGCUGGUGAAGAUUCAUGUUAAAAAUGGCGAUCAUGUGAAAGGAGCGCGGAUGCUCAUUCGCGUGGCCAACAACAUUAGCAAAUUCCCCUCGCACAUCGUGCCAAUCCUGACAUCAACUGUGAUCGAGUGUCACAGAGCGGGCCUGAAGAACUCGGCUUUCAGCUUCGCGGCUAUGCUGAUGCGGCCCGAGUACCGCAACAAAAUAGAUGCCAAGUACAAAAAGAAGAUCGAGGCAAUGGUCAGGAGACCUGACACAUCCGAGACGGAAGAGGCCACGACUCCAUGCCCAUACUGUGAAUUUCUCCUCCCAGAGUGUGAACUCAUCUGCCCAGGAUGUAAAAAUAACAUCCCGUAUUGCAUUGCAACAGGUCGACAUAUGGUGAGAGAUGACUGGACAGUGUGUCCGCAUUGUGACUUCCCUGCUCUGUACUCAGAAUUGAAGCUCUUGUUGAAUGCUGAAAACACAUGUCCCAUGUGUUCAGAAAGAUUAAACUUUAGUCAACUGAAAAAAAUUUCAGAUGCAACCCAGUAUCUGCGAACAGAGGUGGAGUAG